GGUAGCCAUUAUGCUCUCCUCUAUAUAUGAGGAUAUCCAUAUUGUUUGGAGCGUUUGGAAUGGAGUAAACAUUACAUUCAUUUUACCAUUGUGAAAAGUCUAAUUGGGUGAAUUUAUUCAAGUCGAGACUUCAUACAUUGCUCUAUUUCUAUAAUAACAAAUCAAAGGACAUAAAGGGACCAUGGCGGAAAUAGAGUGGCCUUGGCAGUACAAUUUUCCUCCUUUCUUUACCCUUCAACCACAUUCUGAAACUCAGCAAAAACAGCUCAUGACGUGGACGAGUCUUGUGCUGGAUUAUUACAGAGCGACGAAGCAAUCAGUUCUAGAUAUCCGAGAGAUGUAUGCCACUCCCCUGUUCAAUAAUACUGAGAUUAAACGGAAGCUCUCAAUUGAGGUUGUGCAAUUGAUCCUAGACAGCUUAUUGAAAUCUGGAAAGGCGAGUCCAUUAGAUAAAUCAAAGCAACGUUGGCUUAUCUAUUGGCACACGUUGGACGAAUGGGGUGAGACAAUUUACAACUGGGCGCAGAUGAAUGGAUUGAUUGGGUCUGUUUGUACGUUGUUUGAACUUAUUCAAGGCGAUAACACUGUGGAUGAAGAAUUUUUCGGAUUAGAUACAGAAGUGGUAACUCGUGCCCUCAAAACGCUGGAGUCUCAAGGGAAAGCGGAACUUAUGUUCUUCGACGAUAAUCAAGGAGUAAAAUUUUUUUAAUCUACUGCGACCGGUGCCCACUUCCUGGACUGAUGUCCCCGCUGGCACGAUAUUCUCACCCUCCUGGAGCUGCUGUGCAAUGCCUCUUUCGUUUUCCAGAUCCAGCCCCAAGAGAACCUUAUUCUGAACUACGUUAAUCCGGGGCAUGGGUACUGGACCGUUUACGUUCACAAAUCGACAAUGUUGGUAAAUAGUUGGCAGCUUAUUCGGCGCUCCUCCGGUAUGGGAUCGGGUCUAUUGCUCACUUCCUCAAAUUUGUCCAGCACCAGACUUUAUCAUUGGUCACUGGGGCAACCGCAAGUAAUGUUGAAGAUAUUACGGAUAAUUAUCUCGAUCUCCACAGAUAGCAUGGCAGCGCGGAUAACUCAAAAACGCCAGGAGAAGGCACGCAAGCUGCAAUUUUCACAGGUGUUGAACUCCUGUGUGCUACAAAUUUCGGUGCCCAGUGUCGUGGCGUGUUGACGUCUUUCACAUGGCUGUCAUGCCCCAGAUUUUGAUUAAUCACGUUAUUGUUGAAUAUUUAGAUAUACAGCAUUGUCAGCGUGAUACUUGCUAGCGUAACUGGAUUAUGCUUACCAAGUAAUGACAAACAAUUUUUAAGAGGCUGUUUGGGUAUGCAAAAGGCAUCUCCGAAUCGGGCUCCUACAUGUGUUAGUCGUAAUGAUUGUAAUCAGUCAGAUGACAUAGUUAAGGUAAUAAACUUUUAAUACUUUGGAGCAUUAA